AUGUUUAGAUUAAUUUCACAAAAAGUAGUCACCACAACUGUUGGAAGAACCACUGCUUCAUCAACUUUGAAGGUUCGUCAGUUCUCCUCUUCUACUACUACUACACAAUCUAUCAAUGUCGUUGGAAGCAAUGCUUCGGUGUUCACAGCACUCGAUACAUUCCCACGUCGUCACAUCGGUCCAUCCGACGAAGAGAUCAAGUCGAUGUUGAAGGAGAUCACCACCUCCAAGCAGUCCAAGGUCACCCCACAAUCGCUGGACCAACUCAUCGACUACACCGUGCCAAGCUCCAUUCGUAUGCAACGUGAUCUCGACAUCGAAGGCAACAAGAUCAAGGGUGAGUUUGAGAUGCUCCAGGAGUUCCGUGAGCUCGUCAAGCAGAACAAAGUGUUCCGUUCGUUCAUCGGUAUGGGUUACUACGGUUCGAUCACUCCACACGUCAUCCAGCGUAACAUCCUCGAGAAUCCAGGUUGGUACACUCCAUACACUCCAUACCAAGCCGAGAUUUCUCAGGGUCGUUUGGAGUCGUUGAUCAACUUCCAAACGAUGGUGUCGGAUUUGACCAAGUUGCCAAUGGCCAACGCUUCGUUGCUCGACGAGGGAACUGCCGCCGCCGAAGCAGUCACCAUGUGUAUCAACAUCUCCAAGACAAAGAAGACACCGGCUUUCUUGAUCGAUCGUCGUUGUCACCCACAAACCAUCGAUAACAUCCGUACUCGUGCAGAGCCAAAGGGUGUCAGAAUCGAGGUCGUCGACUUCAAGGAUUUCGACUACUCCAAGGGCGAUGUUGUCGGUGUGCUCGUACAGUAUCCAGCGACCGAUGGUUCCAUCUCUGACUAUCGUGCUCUCACCCAGAAAGCACAUGAAAAUAACGCACUGGUUGUUUGCGCUACCGACUUGAUGGCGUUGACCAUGUUGACACCACCAGGAGAAUGGGGUGCCGACAUUGCCCUUGGAAACUCUCAACGUUUCGGUGUUCCACUUGGAUUCGGUGGUCCACACGCAGCAUUCUUUGCCACCUCUGAUAAAUACAGUCGUCUUCUUCCAGGUCGUAUCAUUGGUGUCUCCAAGGACAACGCUGGAAACAAAGCCUAUCGUAUGGCACUCCAAACUCGUGAGCAACAUAUUCGUCGUGAAAAGGCAACUAGCAACAUCUGCACUUCACAAGCAUUACUCGCAAACAUGGCUGCCAUGUACGGUGUCUACCACGGUCCAAAAGGAAUUAAACAAAUUGCACAAGCAAUCCAUAAGAAGACUAUGAUUUUAGUUGAAGGUCUACUUAAUCUUGGAUAUGCAGUAAAAGAUACAGCCUAUUUUGAUACAAUCAAGAUUAGAACAAUGGAAAAGACACAAAAGGUUAUUGAUGAACUCGAAAAGAGACAAAUCAACAUUAGAAAGACCUGCGAUCAAACUGUUUCGAUCUCUUUGGAUGAGACUGUCACUUUGAAGGAUGUGAUGACAAUUUUCGAGGCAUUCGCUGCUGCCGCCGGAAAGAAGGUCGAUUUCACUGCUGAGCAAUUGGAAAAGACCGUUGCCAACAAGUCUGCUAUUCCAGCCGAGUUGACUCGUCACUCUGAGUUUAUGACUCAUCCAACUUUCAACAAGUAUCACAGCGAGACAGAGUUGCUUCGUUACAUUCACCGUCUCCAAAAGAAGGAUCUUGGUCUGACCACCGCCAUGAUUCCAUUGGGAUCGUGCACCAUGAAGUUGAAUGCCACCGCCGAGAUGUACCCAGUUUCAUGGCCAGAGAUCAACUCUAUCCAUCCAUUCGUACCAUCUUCACAGACCGUUGGAUACCGUCAGAUGUUUGACUCGAUCGCCAAGUCACUCGCCGAGAUCACUGGAUUCGCCGGAACCUCUUUACAACCAAAUGCCGGUUCCCAAGGUGAGUAUGCCGGUCUCAUGGUUAUUCGUGCUUACCUCCGUUCAAUUGGACAGGAGAAUCGUGACAUUUGUUUGAUUCCAGUGUCUGCACACGGAACCAAUCCAGCUUCCGCCGUCAUGGCCAACAUGAAGGUCGUGGUCGUUGCAUGCGACGAAUUUGGUAAUGUCGACCAAGCAGACUUGCGUGCCAAGGCUGAGAAACACAAGGACAAUUUGGCUGCACUCAUGAUUACCUAUCCAUCGACUCACGGUGUAUUCGAAGAGGGUGCCAAAGAGAUGUGUGCUUUGAUUCACUCGCUCGGUGGUCAAGUCUAUAUGGACGGUGCCAACAUGAAUGCUCAAGUCGGUUUGUGUCGUCCAGGUGACAUCGGUGCCGAUGUUUGUCACUUGAAUCUUCACAAGACCUUCUGUAUUCCACACGGUGGAGGUGGUCCAGGUAUGGGUCCAAUCUGCGUCGCCAGUCACCUCCUUCCAUUCCUCCCAGGUCACUCUGUAGUUCCAAACGUCGGAGGUCAACACGCUAUCGGUGCCAUCUCUGCCACUCCAUGGGGAUCCAGUUCAAUUCUCCCAAUUACCUACGUCUAUCUCCAGUUGAUGGGAGGUGUCGGAUUGAAGCGCGCCACUCAGGUCGCCAUUCUCAACGCCAACUACAUGGCAUCGCGUCUAAAGGACCACUACAAGAUUCUCUACACUGGAUCACACGGUCUCGUUGCACACGAGUUCAUCAUUGAUUUGCGUGAUUUCAAGGAGACCACCGGUAUCCAAGCUGAGGACGUUGCCAAGCGUCUUCAAGACUAUGGAUUCCACGGUCCAACCAUGUCAUGGCCAGUUCCAAACACCCUCAUGAUCGAACCAACCGAAUCGGAAUCGAAAUACGAGUUGGAUCGUCUCUGCGAUGCAUUGAUUUCAAUCCGUGCGGAAAUCGCUGAGAUCGAACAAGGCAAAGCCGAUCGUAACAACAAUCUCCUCGUAAACUCACCACACACCGAAGCAGUGAUCACCGCCGACACAUGGGAUCGUCCAUACACUCGUGCACGUGCUGCCUACCCAUCACCAUCCACCAGAGAAUCUAAAUUCUGGCCAUCGGUUGGUAGAGUCGACAACGUCUUUGGUGAUCGUAAUUUAGUUUGUUCAUGUCCACCACUUACUGAUUACCAAUAA